AUGGAUGAGAAGAUUGAAGAUAAAGUCCACUUGAGACCCAAAAGGUCCAAUAAGUUGAAGACUUUUAUAAAAGUAUUUAUUUUAGUUGUUUUAUCUGUGAAGCUUUAUUUUGGUGCAAGUAACUAUUACUUCGCAGAUACUGAGAUUGACCCAAAGGCAGCAUUGCUUGAUGCAUUGGAGAUCAACCUAGCAAGCGAUUGGUCUAAAAAGUAUACAUCAGAGGCACAUUUACCGGGGACAAAUUAUGGUCUCGUGGAGUGGACCAAAGAUAAGUUUGAGGAGUAUGGAUUUACGGCUACAAUCGACACCUACGAUAUAUUUGUCAGCUACCCCAAAGACCACGAUUUGAAUUUAAUUGAUGCAAAGACUGAAAAACUCUUAUAUAAGGCUCCUUUAAAGGAAGAUAAAAUCAAAGAGGAUGAAACAUCUUAUGGUGAAGGUUUGGUGCCAACGUUCUUAGCUUACGCAGCCAAUGGUAAUGUGACUGCGCAAUACGUCUACGUCAAUUACGGAACCUUGGAGGAUUUUGAAAACUUGAAGUCUCAUGGAGUUGACGUGAAGGGUAAAAUUGCGGUAGCUAGAUAUGGAAAGAUCUUUAGAGGUUUGAAAGUCAAAUUUGCUCAAGAUAAUGGUGCAGUUGGUGUUUUGUUGUAUACUGAUCCAGGUGAUGAUUUUGGAAUCACCCCAGAAAAUGGAUAUAAACAAUACCCAGAUGGACCUGCUAGGCAGGAGAGUUCUGUUCAAAGAGGAAGUGUUCAAUUCUUGGGUGCGCCCAACUCUGCACCAGGAGACCCUACAACUCCAGGCUAUGCAUCCAAGCCUGGUGUUGAGCGUAAGUCCCCUUACGAUUCCAUUGGUAAAAUUCCUGCGUUACCAAUCUCUUAUCGUGAAGUCAAGCCAAUUUUAGAAAAAUUGAAUGGACAUGGAUCACAGAUCAAAGAUGGUUGGAAGGGUUCCCUCGAUGGAUUUGAUUAUUCUACUGGACCAAACAAGAAUGUCACCUUAAACUUAUAUAAUAAUCAAGUCUUUAACAUUACUCCUUUAUGGAACGUGUACGGUGAAAUUGAAGGUGAAAAUAAGGAUGAAGUUAUUGUGAUUGGAAACCAUAGAGAUGCUUGGAUAAAAGGUGGAGCUGGUGACCCUAAUAGUGGUUCUGCUGCACUUAUUGAACUUGCAAGAGCUUUAGGAACGUUGAAGGCUUCAGGGUACAAAUUCAAGAGGUCAAUAGUUUUGCAAAGUUUUGAUGGAGAAGAAUACGGGCUUUUAGGAUCUACGGAACAGGGAGAAUAUUUUGCAAAAGAUUUAAGCCGGAAAGUGAUUGCGUAUCUCAACUUAGAUAGUGCUGUGGUUGGCAGAUUUUUAUCAUUAAGCGCCUCCCCAGUUUUAAAUGAACUUUUGCUUGAAACAGCCAAGGAACUUCAGUACCCCAAAAAAGGAUCAGGUUCUUUGUAUGACCAUUUUGUAAAAGAAACGAAAGGCAAAAUCAGUAUCCUCGGCUCUGGUUCCGACUACACUGUGUAUUUGGAGCACCUUGGAAUUCCAUCAGCUGAUAUCGGAUUUGGACCAGGCAAAGGGGAUUCAAUUUACCAAUAUCAUUCCAAUUACGAUUCUUAUUAUUGGAUGUCAAAAUUUGGGGAUCCAGGUUUCGUCUAUCAUAACUUGGCCGCCAAGUAUCUAGGCCUAGUAGUCUUGGGCUUAGAUUCGAAGGCUGUUAUUCCGUUAACCUUGGAUGAUUAUGCUUCUUCAUUACAAGUAUAUUACAAUGAAACUCUUUCAAUCAUUCCAAAGGAUUGGUUGCACCAGACUGUGAGUAACCAGCAAGUAUGGAAAGAUAUUUUAACUUAUUCUGUUGACGAAAUCGCGUUCAUUGACGAGUCUUCUAAUGGAUACUACUCCUCUGUUCCACGUUUCCCAUUCCCUGAGCUCAUGGAGACUCAAACAUGUAAACAUAAUAAGGUUCUUCACAUGUUUGAUGUUGCUCACCACAAGAACGCGACGUUAGCGGAAUUGCUUUCUUCAACGAAGAACGAUCUCCUCCUGUUGAAAAACUCCACAGAGGCCUUUGAUAUUAAAUCUAAAGCGCUUCAGUUGGAAUAUGAUAAUAGAGAUUCAUUGCACUGGUGGCAGAGAAUUAGGCUUUAUGUGCAAAUUAAACAUCACAAUAAGCUUAUUCAAUACUUCGAAAGAAACUUUUUACACCAUAAAGGUUUGUACGAGAGACCUUGGUUUAAGCAUAUUGUCUUUGCCAGUGGCAGAAAGACAGGAUAUGCUGGCCAAUCUCUCCCUGGUUUGAAGGAGGCAGCUGAAGAUGAGAACUUGGACAGAUUCGUUGAGUGGUUAGGAAUCGUCUCCAAAUCUGUCAGAAGAGUCUCAGCUCGUCUCGCAUUUCAGGCUAACCUGGUAGUAGGCAUUCUUGGCUGUUUCUAG